CUUACUUCUAUUGACUAUUAGUUUAGUAAUCUACUUAGCCGAGUUGCUCAUACAACUUCUAAGCUGUGUUUACUCUUGAAUGUUAAAAAACUGAAAAUAGUCGUCUGCUGCUUUUUAGCGGAACAAACUUUUUUUUAGUUAGAGCUUGGCUUCGUGCAAAUUAACACCGUUGCUUACAGGUGGCUGUGUGAUCACAUGUUUAGCGUGGUUCUGUUUCGCAAGUGAUUUGAUUUUUCUUUAUUUUAAAUUUAUUCAUAUUUUGAAAACCAUAAUUAUUCACUGGAAACUAAAAAAAAGAUGCAGAAUUCGUUGAAAGUGUUGCCAACUACGUUAGAAUAUCCAGAUUAGAUCUAGACUUUAUAUAACAAAAAGACUAGUUGCUUUUAUUUUGUUCUAUAGGGGCCUAUUUGGUGCGUUAUCUCGCCCUCGUGAGUUGAACUUUUUUCAUGAAGUGCUCGCUCGCCAUGUUCUCAUGUAAAACAAGCGCUGUUUGUUCUUUAUAGUGUCGCUUCCAUCCAGACUCGGAUGACUGCUUUAAGCAUUGACCUGUGUCCAUCUCAGCCAGGCCCGGAAAAGGAUUCGCGCCUCACUGGCGCAGAAGAGCACUUUUUUUAUCCUCGCCCGAUUGAUAAAUUGUAGGACAGGAAGAGGAAUGAACUUCUUGUGUUGUACAUUUUGAUUAUGAUGGUUGCCUAAUCGAACUAAGUAGGCCUACAGGACAUAUAGAUCUUAUAUCGGCCAACUCAUAAACUGGUGCCUUAUCGAUUUCCGGAAGUGAGGUACGCUUAUGUCCUUGUAUAAGUGAGCGGGGGUAAAGAUAUUUGCUCACGUGCUGCUUGCAAUACAAGUUUAGCGGACAGUGAGGGUGUGCGUGGGCGCACAUGUUUACCGUGGCAUUCAUUCACCGGCCCAUGACAAGAAAGGACUUUGAUAAAUAAACACCGGUUGUCCUCGCUGCCGGACUUAAGGGGUGUUUUCUUUGUUAAUUGCAGGCAGAGAAUCUAGAACUUAAGUUUCUGGGGUUUUUUUUUUUUGAGUGCUCAAUUCUUCUGUUUGGCUUUACGGUCCGUUCAGCGUGUGAGUGAUUCAUUUGUUUGAUUCAUGAGUUCAGAUGAUUUACUUGUGAACAACAGUUAUUCGCCUUUGAUGUCGCUGGGACCAGAAGAAACAACGCCGUAUUGGAAUAUAGGUCACAGCAUAACUGAGACGUCUUUUACUGCCAUGGCCAAGGACACACGAGUGACCUUCGACCCCGCCGACGUUCCCGCCAACAAACCGAGCCACAAAGUGCACUGCCACAGAGCAGCCGACAGACAGAUCUCGUACGAGGACGCGGAGAACUGCGUCAACGAGAUGAGCGAGUCGUUUCCCGCCCUCAGCACCCGGGCGCACCGGAUCAUGCGACAGGUGUCCGGCUCCUUCAACAGUAGGACUAUUAAGGUGGCCCUGAUCCUGUCCGUCAUAUUGAACUUGCUCCUCGCGGUGCCCUUCGGGAUCUUUUUCGGGUUCUGGAUGUCGCAGAGGCACACGGCGACGUCCUCUCUUACAGCGUCCACCUCAUCGUCAUCGUCCUCGGCGGACCUAGCGCCAAACUGUGUACUGUGUUCUUCCUUGAACUCUCUGGAGCUGAAGAACCGCAUUAGGAUAAGGUUUAACCACGGGACGAUGUGCUGCUUGGAAGAAAAACAUUCUUUGAACGAUCCUGACCAGUUGUUCCAGAUGUUCAAAGAUCUAUUCCCAUGUAAAGGAGGCAACAAGGACUCCUAUGCUCAGUUUACUUUGGAUGUUAAGAAAACAAAGUCAAAGUUUGAAUAUAUCAAAGAUUCGCCAGAUAAAAUUUUUCACUGGGUCAACAAUGGCGAAAUUGGGAAAAGUAUUAGAAACUUAAAUGGAACGGUACAAGUUCUCCAGGAUGGAAACUAUUACAUUUUCAGCCAUUUGACCUUCAGCAGCAUGGACACACCCUUAGCAGAAGGUGUUGAGGAAAAAAUUGUCACGCAUUCUAUCGUGAAAAAACCAGUGUCGAGCAGGAAAGGAAGCCCAACCCUUUUGAUGGACCAAUUGACAGUGAAGAAGCAGGAGAUCAGGGGCAGCACAAACAGCGGCGUGGUUUUUCUUGAAAAGGGGGAGGAGAUUUUCGUUUACGCCUCAGUGCCGAACCUGCUCAAGGACGCCGAGUAUGGCAACGUGUUUGGAUUAUUUCUCAUUUGAGAGCUUAUCAUAAGUGUUGUGCAUUAACUCAUCCAGUGAAAGUGGAGAUAUUGGACGGAGCAACAGUGAACAGACUUUUUGUUUUCCUUGCGUUAAUGUUUUCAUGUCCUUCCUGCUAUUGUUGAAUGCUGUGUACAUCUGUUAUACUGUAAAUAUGUAUAAAACAAACAAACAAUCAUAAUAAUAAAAAAAACGUUUAAAUAUAAAAUUUUUGUAAACAAAGUCAUAAACUAAGAAGUCACAAUUAAUGUUCAAAUAACUAUGUAUGCAAAGCUAAGGUGAAUCUGAUAUUCAGUAAAUCUGCUUUUUAAGUGUCCUAGUGAAGAGGAAAAGUUUUUAAACUGCUAAGUGUUUUCUCCCUCUUCCUUUCUCUGUAGCUGAAAACAAAAUUAAUAGAAAUUGAAACCCAAUGUGAAAUUGUAUUAUUUUAAGGGGAAAUUUGUUUCGUUAAUUUACGACAAAUGGGUUAUAAUUUUGAUACUAUUCACAUUGUUAAAAUGCUGAAAAAAGCUACUGACCUUCAGCACUGUGACCAGCAUUACGCCAUUGUCCUUCAAUGUCUGCUGUCUGUUAGGAGAUAUUUAUAUUUAUAUUCCUUGCAUUCCAGAAUUUCCUGUGUUGCUCCUCAAUAUGGGUUGCUGUGGAGACAUAUCAUCGUGAUAGCCUUUAAUUUAAAAUUUAAAUGUAGAAGAUAUUUUCUACCUGUGUGUGUGUGUGGGCGUGUGCAUGCGUUCAAUAAAAUUUUCUUUUUUUGUUUCCAUCGGCCAAAAAUUAAAAGAUAUGUUCUGACAUUGCCACAUGCAUCUAUGUAUAUAUUUAAUAAAUAUUGUGUAAGUAUUUAAUGAUGAAAUUGAACAGACUAAUUUAUUCUAUGUCCACGCAUACGUUUAAACUUUGUAUGUAUGCGUUUUUACAUCACUCUUUUUUCAACCUGUUUUUUUUUUUUUAAAACAAACAUUGUUAACACUUCUGCUGAAUGACACGCGUCUCCAUCUUCUCUGUUUGCUUUGUUAUACUAUAAAAAAUCUUCCUGUAAUCUCCAGAUUUCUGAAAUCUGUCUUCAGUUUUUCUAACUUAUUUUUCUCCCCUUUCCAGUGUACUGGGAAAACAAAUUUGAGCUUAUUAUAGUUGUGGCCAGACUUCUUUGACCCGGCUGGCAGGACAUAUGAAUUUCCAACGCGCAUGCCAGGGGCUGCAUUGGUGAAAAAAUUGUCUAGUACAAUUGAACCUCUGUGGCCUUAUUAUUUAUAUGGACAGACUUUUUGUGCAGCCAAAUAGCAUUAUGUAAGGGGCUGGAUAUAGCCCACUGGCUGUAGUUUGUACAACACAGUUUAUAGAGUAUCUUAAUAUGACCAAAAGCCUAUUGUUUUUAAUUUUUCCAUGUGAUGUCAAACACUUAUGAAAAGUCCAGGAUAAGAACAGAGCAGUCUCAGGGUCAGCAGCAUAUCCUCCCCCCCCCCCCCCCCCCCCCGGCCUCUUUUUUCAUAGAACUUUCAAUCACAUCUGUUAAGAAUAAAGAAUUGCUACUACUAUGAAGUUAAUGUAGGUAAGAUUAUUAGGUAGAUACUUUUUUUUUUCCAUAGUAUUUAAAGUUACUUUUAGUUGGUAAUUAGGUAUGAACUUAAUGUUGAAGUCAUAUAUUGGUCAGUGAUGAAACAAGGGUAAUUACCAAACAAAUUCUGCAUUUCGAUUACCUCACGUCUGGUUAUACGGUGUAUCCCAGCAUUCUGUGGACCAAUCAGACUAAAUAACAUAAAACACAUUCCAUGUAAUUUAACUUUUUCAGGCUGAACACUUUGCAGGAACACAGCUUCCUGUUUGUUUUUUUUGUUUUUUUUUUGUGCUUUUUUUUUCAACAUUUUGAGACUGAUGAGAAAAUGUAUUAAAACUUAUGAACUUAAAAAGUUUAACUUUCAAUUAAUAUCAACUGACCCCGCCCUUAGCCUCUUCUAUUUUCAAUCUUUUUUUUUUUUAAAUUUUGAAACAGUAUUUAUGUGUAUUUCAACAUGAAAGAAAAAUAACAAUACUGGAGAAACUUGCAAAAUUGGACAAUAAAUUCAUUUUACUCAUGUAUGUAGAUGUAGAUAGAGUUACCUACUUAAAUGUGUUUGUUUUUUUCUGUGUUUUUUUCAACAGAGUAUUUGUUAAAUGCAAAUAUGUGAUGACGUUGCUAAACAUGUUGUUUUUUUUCCUCUAUCAUUAGCCCUAGAUAUUGAGUUUAGGGACAUUUGCAGAUGUUUUAAUUAUGCUUAUGAAUUUUACAACUCUUUGAGUGAUACUUCUGAAGCAAAGAUCUAUAGGUCUCUAACAAGAUGUGAUUUGUAUGUUCAUCAAAAGAUGAUUAUGGUGGUUAGUACUCGGGAACUUUAGUAACAAAAGAAAUUUGUUGGAUUCACUAUUGUAUUCACUUUGAUUAUAUCAUGUGUUCAUGUCACUUAUCAUUGAUUCAGGGGUUCUCACACUUUUUAUAAAUCAGUACCUUUUUUUUUUUUUUGCGAGUUUAAAUUUGCUUAAGAACCAUCAAUAUAAAAAACACAGAUGUGUGUUGUGACAUCCAGGAAUUUAAGAAAUCGGAACGUCACGAAAAUGCCCUUAGCCAAGAAAUGUGAGAAUCCUUGAGUGUGGGUCAUUUCAUAUUGAAUUGGCCAAGUCAUUUAUAAUGAUAUUUUGUACAAAGAUUUGCUAAAUGCUUUGCUGGGCCGUUCGCUUGAUAGUCAGUUUAAAUAGUUAUAUUUAUUAUGUUUAUAAAUAUAUAUUUUUUUUUAAUCAUUUUCUAAAAUGACUUGUGUCCUCUUUUUCAAGACAUGGCAUUUUUUAAAAUCACUCUUAUGACAAUUCAGUGCUUGUAGUGAGAGAUUUUCAAAAGCAAUUUUUUUUUUUUUUAAUUUCUACCAUGAAAAAAGUUUUGAAGAAAGAUGGAUCGAAUAAACGAAAACAUGUUUUACAUGUGAUAUGAUGCUGACCUCUUGACUCUGUGAUACAGCAACAUAGAACUUAAAGAUUAUGUUUUCCCUUUGAUGAGAUAUUUGUCAAAAACUCAUGCGGUCAUUAAAAAUGAACUUUUUAAUUUACUGGAAUUAUUCAUUUUCGAUACACUUUGUUAUUCUGAUUUACGAUUUUUUUCUCUGGCUUGUGUAAACUUUCAAAUAUUUCUACAUUCGGUUCUAAAUUUGGUCACUGGGCAUCUAAAUAGGCUACUAUGUUUAAUUAAGAAAGAAAAUUCUUUUUCUUCUUAUAAUUUUUUGGACAACACGAAAAAAUUUUUUUUCAAUUCUUUACAUUAUGGGUUGAAAAGUUCAUUACAAAAAAAAAACAACACUUAAUGUAAAUGUUCAUUGGACAAUCAACUUUAAAGACUACUUAAUCAAAAAAACAUACUUAUACAUGAUUUUCCGUUCGGAAAUUUCCUUCAAUGAUAUGUUAUCAAGUUAAUUGAUUCGUAAAUCUUUUUUUUUUUUUCCUGCCAUGGACAACUGGAAUUUUGUUUUUAGAUGAAUACGAGACAUGCUGUUUUGAAUUUAAAAUUAAUUUUAUGUACAGAAUUUAAAAUUUUUUUUUAAAAUGACUGUUACUAUGUUGUGAAAAUAAUGAUGUGAUGCUGGCUAAGAUGUGUGCGUGUGUGUGUAUUGUAUGGGCUAAUGUUAGCGUUUGAAAUUAUUUAUUGAGUGUGUGGCUAUAUUUUUCUGUGUGGACAUUUCCGAAAGGUGUGAGUGAGGUGCGUGUGUGUGUUUGUGUGUGGGUAUGUGAGAAUGAUGAAAAUGAAAUGCUAUUCUCACCUUCUAUUAUGGUCUGGUUGAUUUUUAUGUGCAUGCCUCCACUGAAAUACUUUUAUUGUUGACAUUUGAACAUAAAAAAUAAAUUUUUUGAAAAAAAAAAUUAAAAUUGAACUUCAACAAAA